CGAGCCCAGGUCGGAUUUCCUCUCAGGCUGGUGAUCGUCCGGGCUCCCACCUUUCCUUAGAGCUCACCGCUGCCGCCCUGCCCUGCGCCCUCCGGACUCCGGGACCCGACCACGAUGUGGAAACGCUGGCUCGCGCUCGCGCUGGUGGCCGUCGCCUGGGUCCACGCCGAGGAGGAACCGAGGAGCAAAUCCAAAAUCUGUGCCAACGUGUUUUGUGGAGCUGGCCGGGAGUGUGCUGUCACAGAGAAGGGGGAGCCCACCUGUCUGUGCAUUGAGCAAUGCAAACCUCACAAGAGGCCUGUGUGUGGCAGUAACGGCAAGACCUACCACAACCAUUGUGAACUACACCGAGACGCCUGCCUCACUGGGUCCAAAAUCCAGGUGGAUUAUGAUGGACACUGCAAAGAGAAGAAGCCGGUCAGUCCAUCCGCCAGCCCAGUCGUUUGCUAUCAGGCUAACCGUGAUGAGCUCCGGCAUCGCAUCAUCCAGUGGCUGGAAGCCGAGAUCAUUCCUGACGGCUGGUUCUCUAAAGGCAGCAACUACAGUGAAGUUCUUGAUAAGUACUUUAAGAACUUUGAUAAUGGUGACUCACGUCUGGACUCCAGCGAAUUCCUGAAGUUCGUGGAGCAGAAUGAAACUGCUGUCAACAUCACCACCUAUGCAAACCAGGAAAACAACAAGCUGCUAAGAGGGCUCUGUGUCGAUGCGCUCAUCGAACUGUCUGAUGAAAAUGCUGACUGGAAACUCAGCUUCCAGGAGUUCCUCAAGUGCCUCAACCCAUCUUUCAACCCUCCUGAGAAGAAGUGUGCACUGGAGGAUGAGACGUACGCAGAUGGAGCCGAGACCGAGGUGGACUGUAACCGCUGCGUCUGUGCCUGUGGAAACUGGGUCUGCACAGCCAUGACCUGUGAUGGAAAGCAUCAGAAGGGGUCCCAGACCCAAACAGAGGAGGAGAUGACCAGAUACGUCCAAGAUUUCCAAAAGCACCAGGAAACAGCUGAGAAGACCAAGAGGGUGAACACCAAAGAGAUCUGAGGAGGAGGCAUGCAGGAACAGCGUCUGGAGCCCACACCUUCUCCUCCACUUCAGCGCUGAGUCCAGUAAACGCAGAUGUCUGCUACAAUCGCCAAAUCACCAGUAUUUGCUUGUAUAGCAACGACUUUUGUUUUGUUUAUGUGUUUUGCAAUCAAGGAAAUGGGGGCGGUUGGCUAGGAGGGGAAGGCUCAGAGCCUUCCUUUUAGGAGUGCUUUGGGAGAAACUGUAAAUGAUGCUCUAGGGGCUGGAAGCAAGUCAGGAAACUGCAUCAUGGUUGGAAAAGCAGCAGACCCAGAACUGAGGCCUUUCUCAGUCCGUGGCUGCAGGGAUUGUGAGCAAGGCCAGAAAGAACUUAGUAGGCUGUCCCUGGGGGAGGGCUCUAGGAAGGUCAAUGGGGAGGAACACAUUCUGCUUCUGGCUCCUUCCCAUUCAUCAACACCUAUCCUUCUCUUUUUAGUCCCAGCAACUGCCUCUACCUUCAUGGCCAUCCUGCUAAUUACCCCAGCAUCCCUCAGGCUUGGAUGGAGUUUUCAGGAGGGUGUGCUCAAAUGAUGUAGAGACUUGUCUACUUUAAGCCCCUUAGAGACCUAACCAAAUUUUUAAAAUACUUUUUACCAAAGGUGCUAUUUUUCUGUAAAACACAUUUUGUUGGCAAGUUGACUUCUUUCUUCAACUAUUUCCAUUAUAUUUCUGUUGUUAAUAUUUUGUUAUUGCAAUAGUAAGCUUUUUGUAAUAUUUUUUGAGUAGUCCUACCAUUUCACAGGUGAAAGGAAUUUGGGGUUCUUCCUGGUGCUGGGAGCUCCUUAAUCCAGACAUUGCCCACUCUACAGACUAGAGACAACACACUGUGGGCCUUCUGCCUUGCCAGCAGAUCAGCCAUCUACCAGAGUAGCAGGGAGUGCCCCAGACAAGCCAGGGCAAGAUGACACACUUUAACAGAAAGCUUUCAAGAUCCAAAACAUUAAAUGUUUUUCAUUGAUUCUGAGAGGUUCAGGCAAAUCAUAUUCCAAGGUGUGGUGAAAAAUGUGCUCACUUGUCUGUGCUCACUUGCUAGCAGUGGGUGACUUUGACUUUUGAUUUAAUGGAUUAGUGGUUCUGGGGUUCUGGCCACUGGUGCAGAGAGUCGCCAUAAUUUGUCUUCUUUUUCAUUAAGAUAAACCUUGUUGUUAGAACAUGAAAAGUCAGACAACCAGAAUCCAAGAUGACCCAACGUGAUCUCAUUGUGAAUGGUCAUGCAGCAGACAUGGGCUCUGAUGUAGAGCCUUUGCCUGCCCAGGGAGAGAGUGGGAAAGAGAACCACCCUACUUCAGCUCUGCAUUUCGUGGGUCAUCUUGAAGUGAUCGCUAAAAGAUGAGAACCAAAGAAGGUUUCAGCUCCAAGAGAGACAAAGAGACCGAGUCUGAAAACAGUGACUUAGGAAAAGUCAACCAUUCACAGUCAGUCCUGAGUCUUUUAGCUUCUGUGAAUAUUAACUUGCUAUUGUGCUUCAGGAUCAUUGGGAAUCACAAAGACUAAAAGUUUGACAUAAGCUGUCAGUGGCAGAAAGCAGAUCACAGACCAUCAGAUGGGCAUUGGGGUGGUGCUAUCAAGGUAACUGUGAAAAACUAUUGGGCCCAGAAAUGGAAUUCUUUUAAAAUCGUUGUCCUUGUUCUCCAAAUGAGAACAUUCCACCACAUUUAGAAUAUCAUCCUAUUUAAAAUUUCUCCCUGCACCCUACUUUGCAACUCCUGCCCAAGUGCCUUGGAAAACUCCCAGCAGCAUGCCUUAAUCAAAAGUUUUGCCAGUGCUUGGACAAUGAGAGAGAGGGCAAGGUUUCCAUUUUGUUUAAAGCAAGAAACUGCAGGCUCCCUUCACCAUUUAUAUAUCAUUCAGUGUCUGUUCACAGUUAGAACAAUGGUUGCCAUCCAAGGCUGUGUCUCAUGCUGCAACAUGGAAUUCCCAAGAGCAAAUCCGCAUUUCUCUUGAGUUGUGCUGCCUCUGUGUCACGAGGGCAGCUGUUGUCACCACCGUAGAAUCACAUGAUCUGAGAACCAUUCGUGCAAAGAUGCUAACCAGCCUAGUUUGAGAAGUCCUGCACAGAGCUCUGCCUGGAGCACACAGACAUGAUUAAAUCAAGUCCAGUUCCCGCAGCCCUGUAAAAGCUGGGGCCUCAACCGCAAGCCUCCUUGGGUUUUUUCUGUGUGUGUGGUUUUAUAAACAAUGCAGCACGGAGAUCCAGUGUCCAUGGAAACCUAUCCCCAUGCCGUGACCCUGGACUCUUACAUCAUUGUUUUUGCCAAGCCAGGCUCCUUCACCUGCUACUAAGCCCAUGUGAAUGUCUUUUUUUUACACCCAUUUUCUUUAAAAAUUCAACUUCAGGAAACAGUUUGAACAGGUUUCUGUUCCUGUGUGUUUGUGAAAAUGUAUUUAGUAUGCUUCCCAUAUUGCAUUUAACUUGUUUUUAUAACUCCUGGCUUUUUUGUUGUUGUUGUUGUUACUAUUGAUAAAUAAAAACAUUGAAAUAAUA